CUGGUUUUUUUUUAAUGGAAGAAAAUACAGUUAUAAUAAUAAUACUUGCAAUACCUCAUCUCAUUUAAUUUCACCUAAUUCUAUCAACACCCUUGUAAAGUAGGUCUGCUCUGCAGAUGACAAAAUGAAGCUCAGAAAGGUUAAGUGACUUGCCAAAACUCACACAGCUGGUAAGAAACAACACUAUUAAACACAGUGUAUCAUAUUUCAGCCAUUCUUUUACUCCAUCAAACUUGGUCUCCUUUAAAGCCCCUUCCAGUCUCUGCCAGGACAAACGUGCCAGUAGCUGAUAAUAGUAAGCGCUCAAUAAGUCCCCUCUGAUUAACUCUAUAGGAGCUCCUUAUUCUUUUGAUUAUAUCCUCCCUAAAGAAGAAAAAAAUGGUAAUUUAACCAUUAUUGUGUGAAUAAACUAAAUUAUACUUAUUAAACUCUCUAACAUUAUGAAAACAGCAUCUCUCUCUCUCGCUCUCGCUCUCGCUCUCUCUCUCACUCCUAGAGAAAUAAAAUGACUUUGGACCUAAAAAAAUUCUUUUAAGUAUCACAUAUGUUUCCAUUUUUCCUGGUAUGUUUUCCCCUCCAUGUGCUUUUAUUGUUGUCUUUUAUUGUUGGUUUAAGUGUCCUGUGUGGUCCCAGCACGUCUCCCCACAGAUUCCAGGUUGCAGCCUGAGUUCCUUCUGCUCCACCUGUUUGGGGAUAGGAGGUAGUGGGACACGGAACCUCAUUCUUCUGUUUGUUCCCCGUCUCAACAGGACACUGGCAGUUAGCAGGGUCAGUGAUCAAUAAAGGUUACUACUACAUGCAGAGUCCUCCUCUCUGCUAGGAUAUGGCAAGAGCUUCCAUAUGUGGGCUACACGACCCCCAAACAAUCCUGCGAAGGAGCUUAUAUCAUCACCACCAAUUGAUAGAUGGGAGAACUGAGGCUCAGAGAGGUUAAGGACCUCACUCAAGGUCACACAGCCCAAACUCUCUGGGCUCUUCAUCUCGUGCUCUCCCGCCUCAGGAGGUUUGCUUUGGACUGAUGACCACAUCUGCGUCCUCCAUUUCCACUCCUGGGGACCACGCGCGCUUAAAGGGACUCGCCGGGCGCCCUGCGGGCACCUGAGAGUCCGAGGAGUCCCACCUCUCUGUACCACCUCUGGCGUUCCCUCUGGGCCUUGCUCUUCACGCUUAUUGCCACACCUCAUCCUGACAAACUCUGUUCAGGUGAAGCGGCAUUGUUUACCUUGCAGAUCAGGACGCUAAGGCUCGGAGGUGUUCGCUAACCUGCCAAGGUCACACAGGUAAGAGGGUGAGGCGCGAAGCCCUGCGCGUCCCGCCUCCUGAGCAGGGAGCUGCCGGCCCCGCCUCCGCGCAGAGGCUGUUCUUUCCACGCAGACCCUGAGCAGUAGGUGUGGCCCAGGUGGUCCCGAAACCACGUGGCCAGCGGCUCCUCGGUGGCACCAGGCGGAGCCGGUGGGCGGGCUGCCCGGGCCCUGCCGCCCGCAGCCUGGAUGGCCCCGAGGGGGUUUCCUGCCUGUACCUGUGCGGGCCCCGCUCGCCACCUGCGAGGCCUGCUCGUCCGGUCCCCGGAAGCCCGCCGCGUCCUCCCUGUCCCGAGAAGCCGGCCACCGCCCCGGCGCCGCCCAGGGGGCCGCGUGGGGUCCCCCGCUCGCAGGGCGGCCGGGCUGCGGUCCCGCGCCUCACGGACGCCCCUAUAACCUGAGGACAAUGGACGCUGAUGAGGGUCAAGACAUGUCCCAAGUUUCAGGGAAGGAAAGCCCUCCAGUAAGUGACACUGCAGACGAUGGCGAUGAGCCCAUGCCUGUCCCCGAAGACCUUUCCACCACGUCUGGAGGACAGCAGAACUCCAAGAGUGAGAGAGGAGUGGCCAGUAUUGUUAAAGUAGAGACUCAGAGUGAUGAAGAGAAUGGGCGUGCCUGUGAAAUGAAUGGGGAAGCAUGUGCCGAGGAUUUACGAGUGCUUGAUGCCUCGGGCGAGAAAAUGAAUGGCUCCCACAGUGGCCAAGGCGGCAGAGCUUUGUCGGGAGCUGGAGGCAUUCGACUUCCUAACGGCAAACUAAAGUGUGAUGUCUGUGGGAUAAUUUGCAUCGGCCCCAAUGUGCUCAUGGUCCACAAAAGAAGCCACACUGGGGAGCGGCCUUUCCAGUGCAGCCAGUGUGGGGCCUCCUUCACGCAGAAGGGCAACCUGCUCCGGCACAUCAAGUUACACUCGGGGGAGAAGCCCUUCAAGUGCCACCUGUGCAACUAUGCCUGCCGCCGGAGGGACGCCCUCACGGGCCACCUGAGGACGCACUCCGUUGGUAAACCUCACAAAUGUGGAUAUUGUGGCCGAAGCUAUAAGCAGCGAAGCUCUUUAGAGGAACAUAAAGAGCGUUGCCACAACUACUUGCAAAGCAUGGGCCUCCCAGGCACGCUGUACCCAGUCAUUAAAGAAGAAACUAAUCACAGUGAAAUGGCAGAAGACCUGUGCAAGACAGGAUCAGAGAGAUCCCUCGUGCUGGACAGACUAGCAAGUAACGUCGCCAAACGUAAGAGCUCUAUGCCUCAGAAAUUUGUUGGGGACAAGUGCCUGUCGGACAUGUCCUAUGACAGCACCGCUUGCUACGAGAAGGAGAAUGAGAUGAUGCAGACCCACGUGAUGGACCAAGCCAUCAACAACGCCAUCAGCUACCUGGGGGCCGAGUCCCUGCGCCCGCUGGUGCAGACGCCCCCGGGCAGCUCCGAGGUGGUCCCGGUCAUCAGCCAGAUGUACCAGCUCCACAAGCCCCACGCGGAGGGCCCCGCGCGCUCCAACCACUCGGCCCAGGACAGCGCCGUGGAGAACCUGCUGCUGCUGUCCCAGGCCAAGUCCGUGUCGUCCGAGAGGGAGGCGUCCCCGAGCAACAGCUGCCAGGACUCCACAGACACGGAGAGCAACGCCGAGGAGCAGCGGGGCGGCCUCAUCUACCUGACCAAUCACAUCAGCGCCCACGCCCGCAACGGGCUGUCCAUCAAGGAGGAGCACCCCGCCUACGACAUGCUGCGGGCGGCCUCCGACAGCUCCCAGGACGCCUUCCGCGUGAUCGGCACGGGCGGGGAGCCCAUGAAGGUGUACAAGUGCGAACACUGCCGGGUGCUGUUCCUGGACCACGUCAUGUACACCAUCCACAUGGGCUGCCACGGCUUCCGCGACCCCUUUGAGUGCAACAUGUGCGGCUACCACAGCCAGGACCGCUACGAGUUCUCGUCGCACAUCACGCGCGGGGAGCACCGCUUCCACCUGAGCUAAGCGCGCGCGCCCCCACCGCCCCGCCGCGCCACGAGCACUGGACAGGGCCCUGCGCGCUUUCAUUUCCAGGUGGUCUUCCGUUCUGUUUUCUUUCUUCUUCUUUUUUUUUUUUUUAAGUUGAAAGUUUGAGAAUUUGAUUUGCUUUCGAAAAAAACAUGGAGCGUUUUAUUGCUAGAUGCCGAGUUACAUUUGGAGCCUUUCUCUGCUGGCUAAAGUCCCCCGGACCGGCCUAGAAUCCCGCCUGCACACAAUUGGCCGUUUUCACUGUGCAUUUUGUAACAGCAGGUCAGAGCCUGGGGCGGAAGGAGCUGCUCCAGUGCUGGGGCCACAGAUGGGCUUGCCAAGACCCAGGGCAGCUGGGCUGUGGCCCCCACUGGGCAUGCAGGUGAGCGCACCUAGGGGGCGCCCGGACCCCGCAGGGCCUGGAAACCGCACAAGUGUCUCAAGUAAUUUUUAAAAGAAAUUAUUCUAAGUCAUUUCCUGCACAGAAAAAGAUGUUACUGGGGGGAAGUUGUGACUGUUGGGCUCCCUGGGCAGAGGUGGGGAAGGGACGGGAGGGGGCCUCUUGGACUCCUCCUCAGUCUCCAAGCGUCUGGAUGUUGCUCAGAUGACUGCCAAGCCUUCUGGGGCUCCUGAGCAGGUGGAGUAAUCUCAGUGUUUCUCUGGGCAUAUCUGGUAUUUGCUUUUUCAUCCCCGUGCCUUUAAUGGCCCCCAAAGUCUAUCACUACAUUUUAACACCAGUCCUGAGACUUGGACCUUAAUUCCUUUUGACCGUCUCAAACGGUGAAAUUCCUCAGAAACCAAAGCUUCAUUAACCAAACUCCACAUUCAUUCCUCUGGUUAUCUGUCCCUGCCCCGGCUGGCUGUGCCGACCCCCAGAGGGAGCAUUUUCCUGCCCAAAGCCCAUUCCUGAUGUCAUUUUAACUCAACAUAUUUAUUGGGAGCUGCAGGCCUGGGUUUCUUACUGUCGGUAAAUGACUCUCCUGACCUUCAUUGUAUAUCAUUCUUGCUUUAAAACCCAUAGAAGGAGGAUUUGCAAUGACCAUUAAUUUUCAGGUCAAGGAAACAGGACAGGUGAAGCCCAGCAGAUGCUGCUAACACAGAGAGCCCACCUGUUUCAAACCACACUUUCAAAUAACCUGAAGCUCUCCCGUAAGGACAGAGGAGCACCAGGUGACACACACAACUCCGACACGGGGCCCUGCCCUUUCUCACUGGGGAAGUGUAGUGUUCAGGGCAAUCGCCAGACGAGCCCACAGGGUCGGACAGGAAGGAGGCGGGUGACUCUGGAAGUAGAGCCCUUCCCAUCCAAGCUAAGACAGCAAAUGCUCCCUAAAGCCCCACUCACGUGUUUGGGGGCUCCAGUCCAGCCAGGAAGGGCUUCCCUCAAAGUUAACCUGCCAUUGGGGACAUUCACCUCAGUUACAUAGACAGGACAUGUACAGUUUCAAAUGUUUGCAGUCUUUGUCUUUGCCGGAACUGAACCAAGAUGACCACGGGGACACAGAGGAAAAAUUGUAGGUAAGCACCUCCCUUGUUAGUCCAAGUCCAGGGUUCUCAGUCUCACUGCUGUUGGCAGGUGGGGCUGAAUAAAUGUUGUGGGCUCUCCCGUGUACUGUGGGAUAUUUGCAGCGUCCUAACAGAUGCCAGUAGCACUGCCAGUUGACAACUAAAAAUUUCUCCAGACCUUGCCAAGCGUCCCCUGGGGGCAGAUUGCCCCCGAGCUGAGAACCACUGCUCUGAGUGAAUUCUAAAGCUAAGGCCUGGGAAGCCUUCCAAGCAUGAAAGCGCUGGAGGCAUUUCCUAGUCAGCAGUCUGGAGUCUGCCUCCUUGCUUUGGAGUCAUUAUAAAUUCUAAAAAUGAAUAAGCCCCCUCCAGCCUUCAGAAACAAACCUUCCCAUGUGCAUUUGAGUUCUGUGGAGAGGGUGGAGCCCACAAAGAUGUCAUUGAGCCAUGCACGGGCUCCUGUGCAUACAGACAGCAUGGCAUUUUGAAACUGGGAACAAAAUUGUCACAACACAGGCAGUGGUACCCGGAUGCACGGAACACAGGCACAGAUAGUGGAACCAGGCUGCUGACAGCUGUCAUUCAAUACGCAGUGACAGAGCAAGAUACACCUCAUUGAAAUGGGCAGAUUCAAGAUGGGGUGCUUAGAUUUCCCGUGGUUUGGCCAGUUUCUCCUGUUCUGCGCUUUCCCUCCAGCCCGCCAAGUCAGCUGGUAGACAGGAGUCAUCAGUCCCGGUGGUCUCUCACAAAGCUUAACCCAGAGCUGUAAAUAAAGGCUGCAGUUCUUUUCUAAAAUGUUUUCCCCUUCCUCUCAUUGCCUUUUGUAGCUAACAUAACUGUAUUUACACACUUUUUAUUGUGGUUUUAUAUUGUAAAAGCAUUUUCCUUUGAGUCAUUGUAUUUAAAUAAGGUUUCCUAUAACGUCAGUGAGUAAUUAAAUUAUGUUUGAAAGCUGGUCAUAGUCUGUACCAAAAGCUACUAAAGUUUUCUUCUGGCUGGUAAAAGUAGGGUUUCACAUGCCCGCUGCCUUUUUGUUCUGUCGUUUGUCCUGUUGUUGGACGGUGUGAGACUGUGUCUUGGGGACCGCUGUGUACUGCAGUGCCUGGGAUUUUUACACUUGUCAUUGUGUUUACGAUAAACAUCAUAGGGAGGAGGGUUAUAAGCAGCAGGGCCAUCUGUUGAGUAGCUUUCCUGCCCCUCCCGCCACCAACUCGCUGGACGCAGAAAGCCUGGACACGGGCUCCUGACCCAGGUCCCUUCCGGAACGUGUACCUGAGAACAUGUGCUUGUCCUGGUUGGAGAGUCACUAGAAGGAAUUGCAUUAUUGAUUUAUCACCAAAGGGCAUGUCCCAACACCAGUCACUUCAGAUACCAGCAUGUCCCACUUCUAGUUCAGAGUCAACCAGGGAAUGAAAUCUUAACGUCUUGAUUGAGAAAGAGAGCUACCUGUUAUGGAGAUGUGACUGUGUUUGGUUGUGGGUUGGUUUUUUUCUACUUUUGUGGGUUUUUUUUUCUUAUUUUGUUUUGCUUACAUUGUGAGUCGUAGUCUCUCAUCUUUUUGUCAAAACAAAAGAUGAAAUGGAUGUGUGUAGACAAGUCAAGAAGCAAGUGUCUUUCUCUGUCCUUCACUUCUUUAGUUCCAGCGAUAACGAAGGGUCAACUCAACUUAAAAUCCAGAUAUGCCUCAUUCAGUUCAACGUGUUUUUUUUUCCUACUUUAAAAUAAACCCAAAUCAGACUUAUUUAAGAUGAACGGGCAGCACAAAAGCAGCACAUAUGCUGUUGGUGGUUAGCAUUCACUAUGAACACAUGUAACCAGAUAUUAAUAUGCAAUUUUGUUUCCAGUACUUUCUAAUACACUUUUUUACAAUGUUUGUGCGCUAAUUGUCAUGGUCUGAUUUGUCUGUAUCCGAUGCAACUGUGGGUCUUCAACUGCCAUUGUGGCAAACAUGUGUACAAGAUCGUAAAUGAGAAAAUGCAGUUGUAUUUCCAAUCCACCUGUAUAAUGGUGUUAAAUUAUUUCUGUUUAGCUGUGAACAACGGGGGUGUACCCCUGGAGGAAUAGAGUAUCCUUUUGUACACAUUUUGAGAUGCUUCUUCUGUAGUCCUAGAACAAAUAAACGCAAAAAUACUGUC